GACUUUAUCCAGAGCGGCUACACCACUGAGGCCUGCCAAGCAGACCCGCGGCCCCACCAGCACCCACUCUUGCCUCCACGUUCCCACUCCCCUCUGCCCAUUACCUCUGAGCGAGCUUGGGCGGGGACGCCGUCCUUAGAGGGCCCCAGGAGCCUUCCCGACUCUGGCCGAGCUUCACCCUGCAUGAGAGAUGGAGAGUUCUUCUUACGCCUCCUGCAGACAGAAGUGGAGAGGAUGGAGGGCUGGUGCCAGAACAUGGAGAGGGAGGCAGAGGAGAACGAACUUCCAGAGGACGUUCUUGAGCUGAUUCGAAAUGCAGUUGGCAGCGCCCAGAUGCUCAUGUCUCAGAAAGUCCAGCAGUUCUUCCGCCUCUGCCAACAAAGUGUGGACCCAUCAGCCUACCCCCAGCCUACGUCUCAGGACCUGGCAGCCUUCUGGGACCUGCUCCAGCUCAACAUAGAGGACGUCAGGGUCAAGUUUCAGGACCUUCAGAGGCUCAAGGACUCUGGUUGGAGGCUCCCACCUGAAAAGAAGGAGGACAAGAAGCUUCCUCCUCCCUUACCAAAGAAGCCAGCGGGCGGGGUGAGGCACACCCUACCCAUCAGGGAGAAGUCCCUGGACCUCGGGGACCGUCAGAGGACAGAAGCGAGGAGGAGGCUGCUGCAGACCAAGCGUACUGCCUCCUUCAGGCAGAACUCUGCCACGGAGAGCGCUGACAGCAUCGAGAUCUACAUCCCUGAAGCCCAGACUCGACUCUGAACACCAGGCUGAGGUGUCUCCCUCCCACCUCCUCAAUCACCCUUACCCUCGCGAAGCUGGCCUGUGCACCAAUGUCAGUCCUUCUCUGAGCCCAGUUUUGGAUCUUCUGCGAGUCAUUGCUGUUUAUGCGCUACUCCCCCUCAGCCAUUCCAUCAAAUUCAGUUAUCAUACUCAUUAAACAAGCAAUGACAGCCAUGUUAGUGUCUUGAAAUUUGGACAUUUUACUGACACAGAGGCCUCGACCUGAAACGGUAGCUAGCAGUUACUGACGUUUUUAGGUCUCUGGAGUUCUUUUUUUAUUAUCAUUUUUGGCUGACAACAAACAAGAACCAGUCCACUUUUAUAACAGUAGUCAGCAGAGGUUCACGCAGUAGUAGCAUGCCUGUGCGUGUUCACCUAGCACAUCUCCAUCACUGAAAAUAAAGGGCUUAACAGGCACAAGACCUCUGACAGAAUCUCCCAGUGUGGAUCCCUGAUGGGGUUUGCAGCAAAAUCAGCUACACGUUAUACUUGUGGGGUUUCUGAAUCACGACGUAUCCAUCCCCUUCACCG